UGGGAACUUGGCAAGUGAAUCCUACUCCUCCGAUGUUUCUAAGCCUUCUCGACUCAUGUAUCGGAUCACAGAAUCUAAUCCUAGGUCAGAUCAUUCACCAGCACCUUCUCAAACGCGCCCUCACGCUCACUUCCCCUUCCGUGCUCGUCAAACUAACGCGUCUCUACGCUUCAUGCAACGAAGUAAAACUUGCACGCCACGCGUUCGACGAAAUUCCUCACCCAAGAACCAAUCCUAUUCCGUGGGACGUGAUGAUCAGAGCCUACGCAUCGAACGAUCACCCGGAGAAAGCUUUGGAUUUGUAUUACAAGAUGCUGAGUACAGGCGUUAUGCCCACGAAGUACACGUACCCUUUUGCCCUAAAGGCGUGUGCUGGUCUGCGAGCGGUAGAAGAUGGUAAGCUGAUACAUACGCAUGCAAAAGGUAGUGGCUCUAGUGAUGAUUUGUAUGUGUGUACUGCCCUAGUCGAUUUCUAUGCUAAAUGUGGGGAAAUCGAUAUGGCCACCCACGUGUUCGACGAAAUGCCGGAGAGAGAUGUUGUUGCUUGGAACGCUGUGAUUUCUGGGGUUUCUUUGUAUUGCGGUUUAGCUGAUGUUAUUGCAUUGUUUAAGGAUAUGCGUAGAAGAGAUGGGCUGAGCCCUAAUUUAUCCACCAUCGUUGGGAUGUUUCCUGCAUUAGGAAGGUCUAGUUGUGCUUUGAAAGAAGGGAAGUCACUUCAUGGGUACUGCAUAAGAAUGGGGUUUAGUGAUGAUGUUGUUUUCAAGACGGGGAUCUUGGAUGUUUAUUCGAAAAGCAAGUGCAUUGUCUACGCGAGGAGAGUUUUUGAUUCGAACUGUUUAAAGAAUGAGGUGACAUGGAGUGCUAUGAUUGGAGGGUACAUAGAAAAUGAGAUGAUGAUGGAAGCUGGGGGAUUGUUCUUGCAGAUGUUGGAUCAUGGAGAUGUGGCAGUUGUGACGCCGGUGGCCGUUGGGCUUAUUCUGAUGGGUUGUGCGAGGUUUGGAGAUGUGAAUGGAGGGAGAUGCGUACAUUGUUACGCGGUUAAAGCUGGCUUUAUCUCAGACCUAACCGUUGGAAACACCGUAAUUUCGUUUUACGCCAAGUAUGGAAGCUUAUGUGAUGCUUAUAGGAAGUUUAGUGAGAUUGACUUGAAAGAUAUUGUUUCAUAUAACUCUCUCAUCUCUGGCUGUGUUGAGAACUGUCGCGCCGAAGAGAGUCUGUGUCUGUUUCGUGAUAUGAAAUGUUCUGGAGUUGGUCCAGAUAUAACAACGUUGCUAGGUGUUCUGACCGCUUGCUCUCACUUGGCUGCUUUGAGACACGGUUUCAGUUGCCACGGGUACUGUGUUGUUCACGGCUAUGCUGUUAAUACAACCAUUUGUAACGCAUUGAUGGAUAUGUACACAAAGUGCGGGAAGCUCGAUGUCGCCAAGAGAGUUUUCGACACCAUGCAUAAGCGGGAUACAGUUUCGUGGAACACAAUGAUGUUUGGAUUUGGAAACCAUGGCCUUGGCAAAGAAGCUCUUUCUCUGUUCGAUAGUAUGCGGAACGCAGGUGUGAGCCCAGACGAUGUGACUUUUCUUGCUCUUCUGUCUGCUUGUGGCCAUUCAGGACUUGUGGAUGAAGGGAGACAAGUGUUCAGCUCUCUGUCUCGCGGAGAUUUUAACGUCACCCCAAGGAUAGACCAUUAUAAUUGCAUGGCUGAUCUCCUAGCUCGUGCCGGAUACCUGGAUGAAGCUUAUGAUCAUGUCAACAAGAUGCCGUUUAAGCCAGACGUAAAUGUGUUGGGUACACUUCUCUCUGCUUGUUUGACGUACAAGAAUGUGGAGCUUGGGGAUAAAGUGUCGACAAAGAUGCACAGUCUUGGAGAAACAACAGGAGGCUUUGUUCUUCUAUCCAACACCUAUUCAGCUGUUGAGAGAUGGGAAGAUGCUGAGAGUAUUAGAACGACACAGAAGAAAACAGGGCUACACAAGAUCCCGGGUUAUAGCUGGGUCGAUGUUUAACUGAUAGAUUGGUUUGAGUAUUCGUGGAAGUCAGGCACUGUCACAAUUUUUCGCCAUCUAUGAUGGAUUCAAUGGAAGGGAUCAUGCUGCUUUGUAUAAGUCUAUUGUGUUUCACCUCCAGUUGCUUGAUCACCAAAUGAAGCAAAGCCUUGCGAGAAAUCGGGAUUGUUGUCAAACUCUUCUUCGUUUGAUUUGUUUAAACAAGGAGGGUUAGACUGCUUAAAACCGUGCGCUGUUUCAGGCGGAGAAUGAUGGUUGAGCAAGAAAUGGAAGAAAGACCGGAUUUAGUAUCUUCGCAACAUGAUAGCAGAGCUGUGCUAGCGACAUCCAACGGUAAUAAGGAAGCUGCAAGCUGUUCAACUAUCAGAGGAUCGAAGAAGCUAGGCUCUUGAGUGAACAAUUGAACAUCUUGAUGAUCGUUAUUGUUGGAGAAAAUCAAAGGAAAGCUUAGAAUUACUCGUGCUCUAGAUACGUUGCAUGAAAAUCUGAACGAUGAACUCAUGGGAAUUCUCAGGGUUCAUAACCAAUAUGCUAGUUACAUAAUCAAAUAUGAUGAGAUACUAAGUGAACGUGGCCAUUAGUUUUCAUAUUACUUUUUAUGUAGUGGGAAUAUGUUUCCUUAAGUUGAGGAUGUGUUGCUUCUUUCCCACGUUUCAUGUUUUAUUUCUUUAGUUUUGUAUUUAAGCAUCAGUUGGGAAGAGAAAGAAAGAAG